CUCUCGGUUCUUACUUCUUGCUAUAAAUUAUUAUAAUAUCGAUAAAAUGUAUGAAUAUUAAAAUAUAUUAAUUAUCCGAUCUUCCUAGAAUGUAGACAUUAUUAUGUAGUGGCAUUGGCAAUUUAUUAACUUCGAUGGUAGUAGUCAAUAGAAUCUUGAAUCUGUUAAUGCGACUCACUUUUCAAAUCCGCCUUGCUACGUAAAUUAUUAUUAAGUAAUAUAAACUUCGAUAUUUUGCAUUUGAUCGUUCGUACACAUACUAGGUCAAGGGCGCAUACCGCGGCCUCCCAAAAUGGAUGAAAAUAAUAUGUCUGACGAAGACGAAAGUUUGACUUAUGAACAACUAAGAGCAAAACGUAUCAAAAAAAAUGAAGAAAUGUUUGAUAUACUGGGUGUAAGUCAGGCUGCAAAUACAUUAGCAGAUUGCUUAAAAAAAAAGCCACUUGUUAAAAAAAAUGAACCUAAACCCGCAGUCAUAGAACCUGUUAAACGUUCAAUGAGAAUAGCUCAUCUGCCAAACCCCCAAGGUUCUUAUUACUCAGGUAGAUUGAGUAUAUCAAGACGAAAAAAAGACUCAUAUUUUGUUGAAAAAUUGAAUGACGACGUAGCCAUUAAAGAACCUGUUAAUGAUUUUCAUAUGUUACCUAGUAAAAAAUUUGUUCAUGUGCUAAAAAGUCUUGAUAUGAAUAUACCACCAAUAAAAAUUUCGGAGUUUGGUAUUCAAUCUCUUGCUAUUCAUCCUUCAGAAACAUCUCUUAUAAUUGCAGCAGGGGACAGGAAAGGAAACAUAACAUUGUAUAACAGAAAUUCAGAAAUGCAAAUGUCUAUGGUUCAUAAAGCUCAAGUUAAUUGUAUUUCAUUUUGCACUUGGAAUCCAAACAAGUUGUUUUCAACUAGUCAUGAUGGGUCUGUCGGAUAUGGUGACACUGUUAAACACACUUUUGAUAUUAUUUAUAAAUCAGAGCGGAAGUGUAUAAGUAGAUCAAAUAUUAAUCACACCACAUGGCACAGUGACUGUGAAAGAAAUCUUUUCAUUGGAAAUGGUUCUGGUCAUGUAGAUAUGAUUGACACACGAUUACCAGAUAAAAUUAUCAACUCUGCCUGGUGCCAUCAGAGAUCUGUGUGUACAGUUCAGUGUCACCCAUUGUUAAGACAUUACUUUUUAACUUCAUCUGAAACUGGAGAGGUUUCCUUAUGGGACAUAAGAAAUAUGACUGACAAACAUAUAAAUCCAGUUCUACGUUUUAAACAUCCUAAAGAAUUGACAAGUUCAUUUUUUUCUGCCGAUGGAACUAAGAUGGUGUCAACAUGUAUUGAUAACAAUAUAAGGAUAUUUAAUACCGAACAAUUUAAUUUGGAUGCUACAAAGCCCACGUGCAUAAUUCCAUAUUUUAGACAGUAUUAUGAACAUAGUUUACAAGCCAAAUGGAAUUCUGGAAGAAAUGAUGCAUUCUUCAUUACAUCAAUGCUAUGGCCUGCUAGAAUGCAAGUUUAUGAUUGUGAGGGAAAUGUAUUGCACGAUCUAAUCUCUAAAAAUAUGAAGAGUCGUUGCAUAGUCAUGGAAGUUCAUCCCACCCAAGCCAUUUAUGUCGGAGGUAAUACAUAUGGUCGUUUACAUAUAUUUAGCACCAAGAACCAACUAAUAUAAAUCUGUUCUUUAUUAAAUUAUACAUAUACUUUUCUAUAGGUACUAAUACCUAAUUAGUGAUUAAUAAUUAUUACUAAACAAAAAAAGCUAUACCUAGUUAUUUUACUUAGUAUUAUAUCAUAGUGUUUAGUUGUUAUGUUAUUUCUACUUAUUAUUUGCAGUAAAUGAUCAAAUCAGAUGGAACACGCAUUUUAUUUACAUAUAUUCCUGCUGUUUCCCUAUUAGUCUAAAUUUGUCUAAAAUAACUAUUUUCCUCUCUAAAUAUUGGGUUUUUGCACUGGUCCAUUGAAUGUUACGUACACCAUACCAAAUAUAAAAUUUACCUAAAUAUAUGUGGAAUUGUGAUUCCAUCAUUCCAACCAAAAUUGGUGAGUCUAUUAAAAUAUACAGAUUAGACAAUGGACUUAAUAAUAACACAGUUUCGGAAAAAAAAAUUAAAUACUCUUA